CUGCACCGCUCCCUCAAGAGCCGGCAUGUCCAAAUGAUCGCAAUCGGCGGCGUCAUCGGCACUGGUCUGUUCAUCGGCACCGCGACCAACCUGCAGAAUGCGGGGCCUGCUGGCCUGCUCCUCUCGUACGUGCUGAUGGCGACGCUGCUGUACUCUGUCAUGGUAGCCCUCGGCGAGAUGAUCUCGGCGUUUCCCAUCCCCGGCGCGCAGCUCGCGCUCGCCGGCCGCUUCUUCGCGCCCGAAGUCGGCUUCGCCAUCGGCUGGCUCUACUGGUACUGCUACAUCAUCCUCCUCCCCGCCGAGCUCUCUGCCGCCGCGGUAAUAAUCACAUACUGGACGCCGGCGGGCGCCGACCCCACCUGCCGCGCCGGGGUAUGCAGCAACGCGCUGUGGGUGAGCAUCAUGCUUGCCGUUGUGAUCCUCGCGAACGUGGUGGGCUCGACGCGCGUCUUCGGCGAGAUCGAGUUCUGGGCCGCGUCGAUCAAGGUCAUCACCAUCAUCGGGCUCAUCAUAAUCUCCGUCGUCAUCACCUCCGGCGGCGGGCCCACCGGCGCCCCCAUCGGCUUCCGGUACUGGCACGAAACGGGCGGGUUUGUGCAGUACAAAGACAUACCGGGCGCGUGGGGCCGUUUCCUCGGCUUCUUCUCCGUGCUCAUCUCCGCCGCCUUCGCAUUCAUCGGGACGGAGAUCACGGCCGUCGCCGCGGCCGAAGCGGGGAACCCGGCGCGCACGGUGCCGCGCGCAAUCCGCAGCGUCUGGCUCCGCCUCGCCCUCUUCUACGUCGCCAGCGCCUUCCUCAUCGGCCUCCUCGUGUCACCCUCCAACCCCGACUUGAACCUCGGCAGCACGGCCGCCAAGUCGCCCUUCGUGAUCGCGAUCAAGGGCGCGGGCAUCCGCGUCCUCCCGAGCGUCAUCAACGCCGCGCUGCUCAGCAGCGCGUGGAGCGCCGCCAUCGCCGACCUCUACAUCUCCUCGCGCACGCUCUAUGGGCUGUACACGCGCGGCGCGGCGCGCGGCGCCUGGCUCGGCCGCACGCGCCGCGACGGCUUGCCGUGGGUGUGCGUGCUCCUCUGCGCGCUGUUUACGCCGCUCGCGUACUUUGCCGCGGCGCCCAGCCGGAGCGCGGGGCAAGCGUUCGGAUACUUCGCAUCCAUGUGUGCCGUGUGCGGCAUGUUGUCGUGGAGCGUCAUAUUGCUGACUUCUAUCCGGUGGCAUUAUGGCUUGCGCGCACGCGGGAUCGACCGCAACUCCCUGCCGUACACCGCUCCGUUCCAGCCGUACCUCUCGUACUAUGGCCUCGCGCUCAGCGGUAUCGUCAUCGUCUUCUCGGGCUUCACGGCCUUUAUCCACCGCUUCGAUACGAGUGCUUUCAUUACUACGUACUUUGGCAUCCCGUUCUUCGCCGUCCUCCUCGUCGGAUACAAGGUGUGGAACAAGACC